GAUCCCAUACACCUACUUAACCUGUCCGGACAGAUUGCUCUCGGGAGUAAAAUUACACUUUCUGGGGUCUAGCUGUCCGGACAGCAUAUCAGCUGCAGCAGAGACAGCAAGCACGAGCGACUCCAAAAACAUGCAGAAACCAGCAAACCUACAUACGUGAUUAACCACCCAGGGUGACUGAGUUGGCUGGAUGAGCUGAGAGCUCAUCUAUUCACAUCAACACCUUGCGACGGGCGAUUCAAAUAUCCGAGCUGGGAUGAGCUGAGAGACUGUGCUCAACUAUUCACAUCAACACCCUAUGACGGAUGAUUCAAAUAUCCGAGAUUUACAUUAAAGGAUCAUAGUUACUCGUCAUAAAAAAAAAGUACACUUGAAUUAAUAAAAGCAAUUCAACGUCCCAUUUUGUCAUGAAGCCAUUUAUACUACCAUGGAUUCGUUAAUUUUAAGGACUAAUUUUAGUAUCUGUUGUUAGUUUAUGCAAAAAUUUAGGAAGAAAAAGUGGAGAAAAGGGAAAGACGUGGAAUCAAAUACAAUUUCCCUCUAGAACACACCAAGAAACAUCUCACAACCUCCCAGAACUUCUCAGACUCUUCUCCGACUCUCUCCAAAACCCCAACACUCACCGAUCUUUAAAUUCAAUCCCAUCUAACUGUAUACCCCUCUCACCAUCAACAACAACAGAAAAAAAGAAAAGAAAAGCAAGAAAGGUCCACUGCAACUAGUCUUAACUAUUGCACCCUUAGUCCAAGCAAUGGCUUUGGCUCGUUUGGCUAUUAAGAACUUGUCCCAAAGGAUACCAUCAUGGUCUUCAUCUUCAUUGGUGGAUCUGCAUGGUAGUAUUGGUGAGGGAAGUCUUGUGCAAAGGCAAAGGUUUGGUGAUGAGUUUCUUAGGAGAUUCAUGGCAACAACGGCUAGCGAUGAUAAGGCCUCUGACAAGAAGAAAUCUCAAGGCAAAGAAGUUGCUGUGAAAAAGAGGGGCAAGAAGAUGUCUAAGCUCUUCCCUUGGACGAGAGACGGCCGAAAAGUCGGUCUUUGGAGGAGGAACGAUGACCUGUACUUUCUUCCUGUUCCUUCUGCACUUUACGAGAUCUUUCCUUCAGGGCUUGAAAAUGCACUCAUGGAAGCGACCGAGAACAUGAAUCACCUCUUUGAAAAUCUAAACAUAACACCAAACCAACUAAUGACUCGAGUGAAGGAGCAAGAUGACUGCUACAAGGUUCGGUUUGAUGUACCGGGGCUUGCCAAGGAAGAUGUCAAGAUCACUGUCGAGGACGGAGUCUUGACGAUCAAGGGAGAGCAUAAGGAAGAGGAGGAAGAGGGGUCUGAUGAUGAAUUCUCUGCAAGUGGUUAUGGGUACUACUAUAACACUAGACUAGUGUUGCCUGAUGAUGCUAAAGUUGAUGACAUUAAGGCAGAGAUGAAAGAUGGAGUCCUUACUGUAAUUAUUCCAAGAACUGAAAAGCCCAAGAAAGAUGUCAAGGAAGUUAUGAUCGAUUAAGAGAUUAAGCAUGUUAGUUGAAUUUUAAUGGUUAUUUUCUGUCGCUUGUGCGUUUAGGUGUUAGAAUGACUUUUUUGUAAAGCCAAUGUAAUGAGAAUAAGCCACGUAGAAACUUUUGUGCAUGCAGAUGUGUCAUGGUAUGAGUUUAGGCCGAUGUUGGAUAUUCAAAAGAGAAAAUUUGUGUAGUGUCAUUCUCAGUUUUAAAAAGUGAAACGAAAAUAAGCAUGAGAACUUUGUCCCAUUAGUCGAUUUGAGUAUUGUUUGAUGGCCAUUAUGGUAGUCUUGGACUUUGUUGAGGCCCAUUAUGGAAAUGUAAGGCUUAUAGCAAGUCCAA